UUGAUCAGUGGUUUUAUUUUGAGCGUCAACAAGUGGUUGAAAACGUCAAAAACAGUUGUUUGUAUUGUCGGAUUAUCGACCAGUUUAUGUGUUGUAAGUGACAUGUGUUACGUAAAAUGCUUCCAAUAAAACAAUACCCCAACAAAUACACCGCCAAUUACAGAUGUCCUGACAAAAUAAAACACUUCAAAAUACGCAUUAAAAUUCGAGAAGUGGAGGUACCCACUGGUAAAAUCGAGGAGGACAACUCGAAAUGGACCGAGAGGACCUUCAAGUGGCAGGAGAAGGUCUACAGUAGGAUGGAGAAGGACCUCUAUUUGGAUUUGAAGAACUGCACCACUGAUUUGGAUAGGGAACACAAUCAGAACGUUCAGGAGGCUGUUAAGAAGAAUCAAGGAGACUUCUUGUUCACGUACACGAACGAGGACCACUAUGAAUUUGAUAAGGUUGAGACUGUGUCCAAGCUACAAAAAAUGAUGGACGCACUCGACAUCAAUAACUCACCUCUUCAUGACUAUGACAUGGAAAAGUCCAUUCUUUAUUCCAUGGAUAAUCCGGUACCGUAUAAAUGUGAAGAAAAGAUGUUUAUUAUGGCUGACUUUGGAGAUUACGUGGAGACCACCUGGGUACCACAGGAGCAGCCACUGUGCAUACUCAAGUACGAAACGUCGGGGGUUUUACAAAUAUACCCGGAUUUUACGAAGAAAAGGCCGUACUUAAUUACCCCCGACAGGGACUCCAAGAAGUGCUUCUACUACUACAUAGAGAACGCCUCAGAAACGCCCAACGAAGGAAUGCUUUUGAAAGAACAGGAGCUGUACAACAAGCUGGUUUCGAACCAAAUCGCCAACAAAAAGAGCCUAAUAGGCAAAGACUUCUUCCUGCCGCCCAAAAACAAGUUGUUCGUGUACAUGUUCAUAGAAAUUUUGUACGGCAAGAACUUCGAGCACUCGCAAAUCUACGUAAAAUACACCAUACAUCUUCCAAACAACUGGUCCAUCAACGACCCGACGCAGCUGCAAGGUUUAACCCAAAUCGCUUGCGGCAAAGACGAGGAGAGACUGGUGCAUUUCGGCCACAACUUCGAGGUGGUGCUGGAGAACAACAUACAAACCAAAGGACUUCCGGACUGCCCCUACAUUUACUUCGAGGUCGUGUCGAAGGAUAGGUGGGACGUUUGCAGGAACGAAGGUCUGACGUACAAAGCCGUGCCCAUCAGCCAACCGGGGAUACAUGAGUACGAGUUGGGGUGCUUCCGAUUCGGUCGUAACGGCCUCGUUGGUGAUCUUAGGAGGUUCUUCAUUGGCGAUUGUUCCAACUACGAAGACGUGCGAUGGAUUGGGGUGUCUAAGGAACAAGAUGACAAAGUGAUAAAUAAAUUUGGCAUCAACACUGUCGGUACUGGUAGUCUGAAGGUACGAUUCAAUGUUUUACACCAGUCUCAGGCGUUUUUGGACAAGUUCGCUGGUGAUGGGUUCAAGAACAGGGAAGGGAUGAUUUUUGACAAGUUAAAAGCUUCCAGUUUGAUUAAGAGCGUUGAGGAAGUGCUCCAAGCGUUCAAGAAAGCAAGAAAAAACAUGUUGGAAGCCAGACAACAAAUAUAAGAGAGUUCAGAAAUCUUUUUUAAACGGAUAUAUAUUUUAAUAAAUUUUUUAAU